AAGUGUAAUUGAAAUUCACGAGUGGCUGCACUUUGUCGUUCCUUCACUACUGGCCACUUCAAGGAUGACCAGCUCUGGCGAAACAAACAAGUUGGCCGAGUACCAACUCCAGCUAAUUGUCGCCUUCCGUAAUCCUUUUCUUCCUCGUCCAGAAAUCAAUCCGUUAGUGUACAUUAUUGUUAUAUCUAGUGGUCACCGAUCGGUCAUCAUGAAAAAAUACUUUGUCUUAUUGUGGAUGAACCUGUGCAUAUUCCAGUUAGGUGAAUGUCAGGAUGAAGAAACGAUGUUUAUCAGUCUAAAUCUAACAAUGUCUUGGAAAGAGGGAUGGACAGAAUGCCAGAAAAGAAAUGGAUCCAUCGCCGGCGAAGAAGAAGUAAUUCAACAGCUUUUAUCUGGCGGCCUCCCAGAAAAUGAGUACUGGACAGGGAUGCAUCAGUAUCUGUCGGAUUGGAUUGGGGUGGUGGGAUGGGAUUACGAGAACACAGUAAGAUCGGUAGCCCAGAGUACACACAAGAUGGACAACCCGAGUCCAGGGGCCUGUCUGGAACUGUGUCAAACACACGUCUUUGCCAUUACUAGAGGUGCGGUGUGUCUUUGUAUUCCUGACUCCGCAGUCAACAGUAACCCGAUCCAGUUCAGAAAAACUCAAAUCUCCGUAUGGACAAGAUGUAACAACACAGAGACGCCCAACACGUGCGGGGGGAUAACUAACAACCAGAGCAUUGUCAGCUUAUACGUGGAUAGAACACACCUAGUGGUUCCUGGUAUCACUGGUAUGAAUCAGUUGAGUAUCGCUCAGUUUGAUGGUAAUUGUUUGACGGCCAGGUGUGACAACGAGAAUGGAAACCCUGUUCUCCAGGGACGACAGUGUGACAUCCAUACGCCCUUUACUUGUGAAAACCCAAAUUCUUCUGGGACAGGAACGUGGGACCAGGUCUACUCCUACUGUUUGGGUGUCUCUUCUAUUUACGCCUCUACUCUUUCCUGUCCUAGAUUUACACUAAAUCCUCGAAGCAGCGCGACAACCUACUGGAUCGGUUACAAGAGGCAAUUCUACUCCCGGCAAGACACAGGUCUGUUGGUUUGUAUGUAAAACAAGAGGCAAUUCUACUCCCGGCAAGACACAGGUCUGUUGGUUUGUAUGUAAAACAAGAGGCAAUUCUACUCCCGGCAAGACACAGGUCUGUAUGUAAAACAAGAGGCAAUUCUACUCCCGGCAAGACACAGGUCUGUAUGUAAAACA